AUGGUCCCGCGUGGGAGUGGCGAAGAGAAUUUUGCCCAGAAUAUUGAUGAACAAAAGUAUGUUUAUUCAGCAAACUUGGUUGUGCUUUUCGAUGGUCUCUCUGUGUGUAUGAGAGGUGUGCACUAUUUUAUAGCGGCAUUCUAUGAGGCGGUUUUGUACCUCGGGGCUGCAUAUAGCAAAAGUAUCGAAGAAACCGGAAGUGCUGACGAUGGAUAUGCUAUCGCCAGAACGUUCUUCAACAAUACCUUUGAAGGCUUGAACCAGUCAGUUGCCGUGGAUGAGGAGGGGACAAGAAUUGCUGAUUUCCGCGUCCUUGACCUUCUGAAUGCUGACACCGAGCAAUGGCAGGUGGUAGGUGUUUUUUACGGAUCGAAGAGGGCAUACGAACCAAAAGCGGGUAUGACGGUCCGCUUCCCAAACGGCGUGCCAGUGGACAUACCCGCGUGCGGCUUCCAGGGGGAGCAUUGCAUCAAAAAGCCCCUCUCAGCGCAGACCAUUGUGGGGAUUAUUUCCGGCUGUCUCAUUGUUGUCCUCGUUCUCAUCAUUAUCACCCAGAUCAUAUACAGCCGACGUAAAGCCAACAAGGACAUGAGAUGGCGGGUAUCGUGGCGAGACGUCGACGUCCUGAAAACCAAAGGGAGCAUCAUCUCGGGAUUCAGCAAGUCCAGGAUCUCGUUAGAACAAGAGUCAACAGGCACACACGAGGAACCUCCCCCGGUGUAUGGAACCACGGGUCAUUACCGCGGAAAUAGUGUCUACAUAAGGCGCUUUAAUUUCUCCUCCAUUGAUCUAACUUCGAAAGUGUUCGCUGAAAUGAGAACGAUGUACAACCUUCGUCACAACAACAUCGAGACGUUCAUCGGCGCAUGCGUGGACCCGGAGAGCAUAGCUGUUCUGUCAGAGAUCUGUCCCCGGGGAAGUCUUAUGGAUAUAAUAGCCAACGACAGUAUCGAACUAGACUGGGCAUUUAGACACUCCCUCAUCAAUGAUAUCGUCCAGGGCAUGAAAUACCUCCACAACAGUGAGAUCUCGGUCCACGGCCAAUUGAGGAGCUCCAACUGUGUGGUUGACAGCAGGUUCCUCCUCAAGAUUAAAGGAUUUGGACCCAAAUGUUUCCAGGAACAGGAAUAUAAGACUCACAGACUUGGAUUCAUGAAUCCUUCCAAGAAACUAUGGACAGCCCCGGAGAUAUUGCGAGUCUCCGGAUGGCACCCGGGAACGAGGGAAGGUGACGUAUACAGUUUUGCUAUAAUACUACAGGAGCUCAUCUUGCGGGGAGCGCCCUUCGAGACCAGCGACCUUAGCAGUGCAGAUAUCCUUGAGAAGGUGGAGCAGUCGUGUGACCCUCCGUUCCGACCGAGCCUCUCCCAGAUCCCCGACUGCUCAACCGACCUGAUCGACGUGAUGGAGCAGUGCUGGGCCGAGGAAAAGUUUAAGAGACCCUCGUUUGACCAGGUCGACACGAGUCUCAAACGUAUCCUCAAAUCGAAAGGGAGUAACAUAAUGGACAACCUAAUGACCCGCAUGGAGCAGUAUGCAAACAACCUGGAGAGCUUGGUGGAAGAGAGGACAACCGCCUACCUCGAGGAGAAGAAGCGGGCGGAGGACCUGCUCUACAGGAUGCUACCAGAGUCCGUGGCAAGGCAGCUGCAACACGGCAACCAGGUGGAACCCGAGACGUUUGACUGUGUGACGAUCUACUUCAGUGACAUCGUGGGCUUCACCACCAUCGCGGGCAGGUCCAACCCCUUGCAGGUCGUCAACCUACUGAACGACCUCUACACCACGUUUGACGCCAUCAUCGAUAACCUCCGUGUAUACAAGGUGGAGACGAUUGGUGACGCCUACAUGGUAGCAUCAGGCCUGCCGAUACGUAUCGGGGACAGCCAUGUGGCCGAGAUCGCAAACAUGGCUCUGGCUAUCCGGACGUCUGUAGAAAUAUUCAAAAUUCGACAUUUACCCUCAGAGCCUUUACGAAUACGGAUUGGUAUACACUCAGGUCCAGUGGUAGCGGGAGUUGUGGGCCUGACGAUGCCGCGCUAUUGCCUGUUUGGGGACACCGUGAAUACUGCAUCCCGAAUGGAAUCCAACGGUGAAGCGAUGAAGAUUCAUAUAUCAGGUCCGUGCAUGAAACUGUUGGAAGCGUACGGAGACUAUGACAUAGAACUUCGAGGGAACACUGAAAUAAAGGGCAAAGGCGUCAUGCAAACGUUUUGGUUAAAUGGACAAAAGGGAAAUAACCAUACGCCGGCAAAGUCAAAAACCUGCCAGCCGAGUCCUAAAGCAUCCUUUAAAAACACUUCAAUCACCAAAACAUAUUCCUUGCAAGAAACCAGUAAAUCCCAAACACCAAAAAGCGUAAUCAACGGCAACGCCCCAGGUGGGGGAGGAGGAGGAGGGCAAAAGAAUUAUUCAAGUACAGGAACUGACACAAACUCUUUACAUCUGCCAACGGAAGAACAACUUGAAGAGCGACGCGGUUCUGGUAGCUUGUUUGGAGGUGAUGAGUUGGUAGAAGGACGUGCUUUCAAAACAGCCGCUAACGACAUGUAUCGGGUAGUUGUAGAAUCUCAGAGAGGAAGGAAAGCGUUUAUGGAUAUUGGAGGUCCGCGUGUGGCAACAUCUGAGUCUGUGAAACUGGAAGAAAAGAGUGGCAACGCUUUUGGUAACCUUCCAAAGGAAAAUUUACCAAACGUGGACUAA